AUGAAGCUGCACGCUGUCGCCUGUGCUCUCGACUUGCCACCCCACCUGGGGGGAUUGAUUGCAAGCUUUGGAUCACUGCUGGAGUUUCGCGUCGCGUACACCGGUCUCUCGGCCAUGCUGGAGGUAUGCCGAGAUCGGUACGGGUUCUACCCUGUGGAAACCUUCAAACUGCUAACUUGUUCCCUGUGCUACACUUACCUCUUUAAAGGGGAACAGGAGUUGUCGCCGAAUUGGCCGACAGGGCAGGAACUGGUGUAUCGGUCAAGCGUGGCGCGGUACCCCGCGGGCACGGUGUUCCACCCGGAUAUAGAUAACGUCAGCGUGGCGCGAGACAUCUGUCGGACGUUGAGUGACGUUGACUGUCAGAGGUGGACCAUGUGCUGUCAGAAGGCAAUCUCCUGCUGCGACCGUCAGAUGUCUCGCCCACCCACCGACCCGCUCACCCCGCACUGUCCCCGGACCUGGGACGGGUUUGGGUGUUUUGACGAUACCCUCCCCGGAAUGACCGCCGCGAUUUCUUGUCCUCUCUACAUUGAUCAGACAAAUCCCGAAGCUGAUGCAGACUGCAACUGCAAGGAUCCUCAUGGUGUCAGCGGUGUAGUCUUAUUGCGGGGACACUGUCCAAUCGCUAAGAGGCAGCUGAGGAAGCAGCACCGAAUCCAGAUCCACUUGAAUCUGUUCCUGUCGUUCAUCAUCGCCAAUGUUGCCAUGGUGAUGUGGGAGAACAUCGUCUACAAGGACCGCCUGGAGAACGCGGAUGAGCACGCCCUAAUGUAUAAGGACACGGUUGGCUGUAAGCUGCUGUACGUGUUGACGAGGUACGCCUGGACAAGCAACUUUUGCUGGAUGUUCCUCGAGGGGUUCCACCUCUACCGCCUGAUCGUCAAAGCCUUCAAAGUGCCUCGCUCCAUCAACAGCUACUUCGUGGCAGGCUGGAUGGUGUCUAUAAUACCAGUAUUGGUGUAUGCUGUCAUACGGAUGUUACGAGCGGACGAAGGACGAGCCCUCAAGGCCACGUGUGUCUUAGUUCCGGUUUUUGGCCUUCACCUUUUCCUCGUCGUCUACAGACCCAACGCGGAAUCAAGUACAAUAAUUGCUUAUGAGAUGUUUGCAAAAGUGGUCGUGGGUUCACAGGUUUCAUCUCAUCUGAAGGGGCUGUUUCAACCACUGGAACUGUUCCAAAGUGACUCGCCACAUUCCGGAAAUGCACGGACAUACUCGAACACCACAAAUUACGACAUAGGCUCGAACGGAAAUUCGCCGGGUUUGGCCCGCCAGGAGUCGCUGCUUAAAAACGCAGGUUCGAAACCAGACAAGCGGGAGUAUAUCUACAUGAAGUCUACUGGAUCGAAGAAAGGAAGGCUUAUGUACAACGGCCACGGGACCGUGUAA